AUGUGGAAAAAGAAUAAACCUUUGAGUGAAGCUGAGUUGUAUGCCUUACUCCUAUCAGAUAGUGAAGAAGAUGACGUUGCAGAGCUGGAUGAAAGCAAUAGUGAAGCGAGUGAUAAUGAUGGUUGUGAGCCAGAAGCACAUGAAGGUAAUUUAUCAAUUACUGAACACGAGAAUGAGGAUGUUUUAGCGUCAACUUCUGAAAAUAUAGAUAGUGAAAGGUCUAACGUAUCUGAUGUUUUGUGCGAACGACGAACAUGGCGUUAUUUAGGUCCAAAGAAGGGUAAGACAUUGGCAUGUAAUUUAUUACAGAAAAACUCAGGUCUAACUGAGAAAAGUCAAAAUAUUGAGACAUGCAUGGAUGCCUUCAAUUUAUUUUUUUCUGAUAGUAUGAUGUCAAUGAUUCUCGAGUAUACCAAUAAGAGAGCUAUUGAGUUCACAGCUGCCUAUAACAUUAAGAAGGAGACAAAAAUGAAAGAUUGGAUUGAAGUUGAUCUAGUCGAAAUGCGUGCUUUUUUUGGUAUACUUAUAUUAUGUGGAAGAUUCAGAGAGUCCCAUGAGAAGGUGCAUAAUUUAUGGUCCAAUACAAAUCAAUCACUUUCGCGUCCUAUAUAUAAAGCAUCUCUAAGCCGGGAUAGAUUUAUAAGUAUUUUGAAGCAUAUUGCUUUGAAGCUUUGA